AGGAUGGGGGUGGGGCGGCGGCGGCGGCGGCGGCGGCGACCGCGCGGGAGGAGGCGGAGCCUCGGGGCCAGCGUGACCGCCGGGUGUAGCUCCCCGCCCAGCUCGGCACCUGAGGCUUCGCAGCUUGGCUGCCUUCUUCCCGCGCCGGGGUGCCUCCGCCGGUUCUCCGCAACAGCCUCCAUGGCCCCGUCCCGGCUGCAGCUCGGUAUCCGCACCGCCUACGCGGCGGUGGGCUGCGUGAUGGGUCUCUCUGCCUUCCUCGUCUGGACCUUCGUUUUCCCCCAACCCGGGACCGCCGCUAUGGGGGGCCUCGCAGGUGUUCUGGCGCUCUGGACUCUGACGACACAUGUGAUGUACAUACAGGAUUACUGGCGCACCUGGCUCAAGGGCCUUCGAUGCUUCCUCCUUGUGGGCAUCUUCUUCUCCACUGUCUCCAUCACCGCAUUCUGCACCUUCCUUGUCCUGGCCAUCACUAGGCAUCACGGCUUGACAGAUCCCACGAGCUACUACCUUUCCUGUGUGUGGAGCUUCAUCUCCUUCAAAUGGGCCUUCUUACUCAGCAUAUAUGCCCACCGCUACCGAGCCGACUUUGCUGACAUCAGCAUCCUUAGUGACUUCUGACCUUGACUACUUAGCCUCCCCAGUGGGGUGGUUCUUAAUGACUGGACUCAACCUCUGAGAAUUGGAGUUGUUAGUUCUAUGCUCCUCCUGUUGUGGGGCUCAGGAACCAUGGCAGAGGAUAUGCUGGUGGUGGUGGUUGGAGGGGAGGGGCAAGGGUGAGGGUCUCCUAAGAUACUUUUCCUCAUGUGAGCCUUAUUUCUUUUCUGAGGUCCCUGGUGGGGGAAAGGCCUUGCCACCCUGCUUCCUGGCCUGUCUAGGGAGGGAAUGCUUUGUACUUUUUCAUAUGGAUCUAUUUUCUUAUCAUAAGGUAAGCCCUUUUUAAGUGGGGUAUGAAGCAACAGGGUUAGAAGAAGGCUGUGGACUUGUGUUGGAGGCAAAACAGUGGCUUAGGAAAACAUUUUUAUUGGUAGGGCCAGGAGAUGGGUGGAGAGAGGGUUAAUUUAGGCUGCUUCUAUCACCAAGAUUGAAAAGGUCCUUUCCUGUUACUUUUUUAUAAGGGCAGGUUGGGCCUGACGAAGAUUUUGUCAAUGAAACUAUGGGGGGUCCUGAGAGACUUCCCAGUUUCCCUCAUUCCCUGUCCCCAAGAGGAGCCUGCAUUUGGCUUUAUUCUUUCCCUGUGUCUUGGGGAGUGGAGAAAAGGACUGUUUCCCUCCUUUUAGCCUCCCAUAGGGUUUCCCCCUCUUUAGGGACCCUGGGGUUAGGCAGUAAUCCUGCAGCCCAGAGCAGUGCUCUCUUGAGAAACCUGAAUCGGGCACAGAUGUACUGGCAAAUGCUAGAGGCACAUGCCCCUAAAAGAGAUUUGGGAAGAUUGCAAAAUAGCUCAGGCUGGGAGGGAUGUUUCUUCCAGGUCACCUCACAUGUGCACAUUCACUCUACCCCGUCAUCUGUUCCCCAUCCAGUCCUACCUAGGCCACUGUCCUGGGGUUGAAGUUGGGGCAGGGGAGGUGCACAGUGUUGCAGGAGAGAGAGGCGGCUUUGGACGCUGCACUGGGGCUAAACCUCUAAGUUGGAAUUCUGCCCCUGGCCUACCGCAGGCCCCCUGCUUUCUUUCCUUCCCCCAGAGCGUUUGUCUUUUUUCCCUGCUUCCUAAUGCUAUGCCCUGCCCCAGGGACCCUCACGAAGCUCCGAGGGCUCGCUGUUGCAUUUUUAUGUCGUACGGGCAUUGUGCAUGCUUCAGUUUUGAGCUCUCUCCUCCCUGCUCCUCGCACUAGUUCUGGGGCCCACCCCAACCUCAGUUAUAUUUCCGUGUCGCUGUCACUUUAACAAAAAUACAGCAAAUGGCUGCUUUAUCACUGACUGGCCUCUGGGUGUCACCUGUGUGUGGGAGAGCUCCAAAGGGCACUGCCAGCUGCCUGCCCCCCAAGGAUGAAGGAACGGGAGUCACUGGGUCUUUAUCUGGCGCCAAGCAGAGAGAAAGUGAGGCAAGGAGAUUUACGACUUUGGGCAUAAAGUGAAUAGAGGAUUAGAUCUGGAGCCAGAAGAGCCGAGUACGAAUUCUGCUUCAUACACCCAGCCGGGUGACUGCGGAACCUAACUUUGUCCUCGUGUAAAAUGGGGAUAAUGCCACCACCCUCCUCUCAGGCCCGCUGUGAGAAUAAAAUGAGAUAGUAUUUGUAAAGUACUUUGCAAACCUUAAAAUGCCAUAUAAAUGCCAGUUAUUAGUAGAAGGGGAAGGGAAUGAGCAUUUAUUAAGCACUUUACAAAUAGUGUCUCGUUUGAUCCUCCCAACAAUUCUGUGAGGUUGAUGCUGCUAUUAUCAUUUUACAGACGAGGAAACUGAGUCAGACAGGUUAAGUGACUCGCCCAGGGUCACCCAGCUAGUGCGUGUGGCAGGCUGGAUUAUAACUCAGGUCUUCCUGACUCCAGGCCUAGCACUUUACCCGCUGUUCCAUGGACCUGCCUGUGUUAUAUGAUAAUACACAUUAUUCUCACCAUACUUUAUUCUAGACUUAAUAUAUUAUUAAAGUUUAAUAUAUUCUUAUUAGGACCCAGGUAGCCGGGGCCAGAAGAAGAAGGGGAAAGGAAGAAAACCAGGGCUUUUUAGCACCUGGGGUAUAGGAAGGGUCUCAUCCCUCCCCAGCAGGGUUACGUGCAGUUAGGAACGCUACGCGCCGGAACUGACUUUGUCACUUACUGUCCCCCCACAGGGCCUAGCCCAUGGUGACUGGCAGCAUUUAAUUUCUUUACUUAGUGCAAUGAGCUCCAAGAGCUGCUGCCUUACCAGUUUUUUCUUUGUACUUCAGGCACAGAGUAAGCACAUAAAUAAUCAGCCCCCCCCAACACUGCACCCUGUAUAUGGAAUGUCUGGUUAAACGUGUACAAGAUACAGGGAGAAAGUGCUAAUGUCUCUAGACUACGGAGAGUUCACCUUUCUCUAGCACAGUGGACCAAAUGUUGGUUUUUGGAAAUAGAGGUUCUGGGUUCACAGCCUGGCUCUGCCACUUACUACCUGUGUGACACUGGGAAAGUCAUUUAACUUCUGGGCUCCUGUUUCCUCACCUGUAAAAUGAAGGAGCUAGGUGAAGAUACCUUUCAGCUGUGGGUCCAAAAGAGCUGACAGGACUCCUUUCAGGAAGAUGGGCUGGCGCUGGCAUCCACAGAUUGGGGGAGAGUGGGAGUGCAAGGGUGGUACUGGCUAAGCAAAGACUGGAACCAGCUUGGGUAUUUCCAGAAAGGCAAGUAUGAAUGAAGAACAAGGGCAAGACCUGCCACAUCUCCACAUUCUCUCUCCUCUUGUAUGUUGUCUGACCUAGACCUCUACUCCCAUGAACGUAUUCACACUUGUGAGAAUGUGCACGCUUACGUGCAUAUCAUGUGCACACACUUACGCCAGUUCACCACUAGGAGGUCCUUGUCUUAUGCAGUUUUAAAGCAAAUAAACAUUUAUUCAGA